CAGCAAUUGUAGUAAAAAUAGACGGAAACACCCUUGUGUUCGCAGAAGAAAGAUAUUUUGCUUUCGAAAUCGAACAUUACGUCGACGUCAAAGAUCUAUUUCUGUUGCGGUCAUCGCCGCGCAUCCAUCGGAAAGAACAUUUUUUCAUCGUUUACAAGAUAUUCUUGAGCUUUGUGUCUGCGUGUUCCCGGUGAUUGGAGAAUGGAGAUUUCAAAUCGUGAAAGAAGGCCGAUCGCUUAUUUGACUCGGAAGGCACAGAUAUCCUGCUGCCAUCGUUUGAACAGCCCAUUCCUAAGCGAGCACGAGAAUGAAGUAGUAUACGGAAAGUGCAAUAAUGUUUGGGGACAUGGGCACAAUUACCAUGUGGAAGUAACCGUUCGCGGACCUGUAAAUCCGCUAACAGGAAUGGUCAUGAAUUUGGAAGAUUUAAAGGACUGUAUGGAAAAGGUGUUGAUGGAUCAGAUGGAUCAUAAAAAUAUAGAUGAGCAAGUGGGCUACUUCCGAAAAACAGUUUCAACGACCGAAAAUGUCGCUAUAUAUAUUUUCAAUGAGUUAAAAAAGCACAUGUCCAAUCCCGAAUUGUUGUAUGAAGUAAAAGUCCACGAAACUGACAAGAAUGUUAUGUGUUUUAGGGGGGAGUACGAUGAAAAUGUACCUUCUGCUUCUUAAUUAUUAGAUUAUUUAAU